UCGCGGACGACGGGGAGACGUGCGACGAGCACCAACAAUAUUAUCGAUGGGGCAGAGGAGAGGCCGGUCGUGGCAUCCGUAGUCGGGAGGAGGAGAUGGCCGCGACGGACGGGCAGAUCGUGGUGGCGGCGGCGCGCUGGGCCGAGGAGGCGGCCUACCUGCGCGAGUUCGUCUCCAAGUGCCGGCUGCCGGCGGUGAUCAAGAUCACGAAGGGCCAGUACGGAGGACUGGGGGUGCCGACGCUACCGGCGCCGAGUCUGCAGAGCACGGCGCUGCUGGUCUCGGCGGGCCGUCGGCGGAAGAUCGUCGCGCAGGCGGUGAAGAUCAAGGAGGGUCGGCGAGUAGUAGGGGUGGGUCCUCGACUGGCGAUCCCGGACACCUACGCGGGCUACUUCGAGAUCCUGAGCGAGGAGGGGCGGGCGGUCCGAGGCAUCGAGUCGGUCGGCGAGCUAUCUCGGCGGUGCCCGGAAGAGGGGGCGUUGGUGCGCGAAACUCUGCGCGGCAUCGCCUGCAAGGUCGAGGACUCGGGCCUGGUGGUGCCCGAGGGUACCCGCACCCUGGCCGCCGGGGAGACGAUCAGCACCGCAGGGGAGGUGACGCUCCCGGGGCGCGGCAGGUUCCUGCGCUGUCUGGACUGCCGAGGGGACAGCGUGCUGCUAGCGCUGGAGCAGCGCGCCCGGUUCAGCGCGCUAGCGAGGGAGGAUAACAUCAGCGGCGCCCACACCGCCCGGGCGCUGCUCAGCAAGCGGCUGCCCCUGACCGUCCGCCUCGUCCAUGGGCAGCCACCGCGUGGCCUCAAGUCCUCCUCGCACUUCCUCCCCGAGCUGCGUCUUCUGUCGACUUUCGAGGAGGAGCACGUGUUCGCGCUGCCCCUGCAGCGCGAGGCGGCCGCCGUGGCGCUGCCCCUUGCCGCGCCGCUUAAGCUCGUGCGGGCGCGCAACGAGGAGGCGCUGCGCGUGCUGCCGGAGUUCGCGCGGCUCGUCGAGCGCGCCUCGCGACUCGUGGCGGACGUGGCCGACCGGGCGCACGUGCUGGACGGGCGGCUGGGCGAGGGCAAGCCGCGCGCUGCCCGCGCCGGUCCCGCCGCGCCCGCGGCCGCCCCGGCCGGCUUCCUCCGGCGGUCGGCCAGCUCGGAUGGCGCCGCCGCCUCCGCCUCGCCGAACGGCCACCACCGCCACGGCCACCACCACCACCACCAUCACCACCACCACCACCACCAGCAGCCGGCGGCACCUCAGCACUACCACCACGGCCACUACCCCCGGGACGAGAACCGCGUGCCUCCUUCCUACACCGAGGUUUACGACGAGAUCGACCAGAUCUACGACUACGUCAGAGGAUUUGCGCCCCUGCCCAAGAGCGCCCGCUCGCCCUAUGAGCCCGCGCCCGCCGCCACCGCGCCCGUCUCCCAGCCGAGCCCACCCCUCACGCCCGCCGCCGUCCCGAGCGGGCCGCCUCUCGACGACCGACCCGAGCCUCCGCCCAUCGAGACCAUCCCCACCAAGAAGAUCCAGGCCGAAAAGAGGACCCGCCGCGCCGUCAAGGAGGCUCCCCUGCCCAGGCUCGAGAAACCCCCACCUCUCGCCAAGCUUUACGUCAAGAACAGCGGCACUCAGCGAGGUCGCCCCCUCCUCAGGCAGAAGAGCGCCUCCCCUCUCAAGGAGACCCCGCCGGGAUUCAAGGGCGGCUCGCCCCUCUUCAACAUCCGGUACAAGAGCCUCACCAACCUGCAGCAGGCCAUGGAACUGGAUGGCACCCUCGAUUCCAGCCAUUCGGGGGGCAGGACCUCCGGGGACUCCGGGGCUGGCGCCAAGCUCCCGGAAAAGAGAUCUCGCCGACUCAGCAGACCACGCUCUCUUACGAACUUGGUGUGGGAGCUACGGGGCGGAAGCGGAGUCGGCUGUUCCGGGCCGGAAACGCCGCCCGCGUCUUCCGCGACGCCCCUGCCCCCUGCCAAGUGCGGGCCCCGCCUCGCCGUGACCGUUGUGGCGCCCAGACGCGUCGGGACGCUCUACCUCUGACUCGUUCGCGAGCCGAACAGCUGACGAAGGGAAGGAGCGCGGCGACGUCGGCCGACGUCUUCGCAGAUAAUCAAAAUUGGCUAGCCGGAGGAGAGGGAGAGUUCGACCCUCUGGAGGCCGCAGAGGGAGUCGCAGCUCGCGCGUCCCGAGGCGCAGCGGCUCCUCGGGGUGCGCGAAGUCUACGCACGCGAUGUCUCGCCGAUGGGAAGAUACCCGCUUCGCCGUCUCGGACCCGUUCCCGCCGGAUGAGAGGUGGCACACCUCUUGCACUCCUCGAUUUUACAGAAGUUAAAUUUAAGGAAACUCACGGUAAUUGAAGGGGGGAAAAAAAAGAAGAGAGAAUCAAUGAUAGCGGGGCAACGACUAGGGCGAAGUGUCCCAUCGGCUGGACCAGGAUGCCCCCAAGGCCCGAAGAUGCACUUUGUGUAUAGCAAGGUGCGUCGACGUUACAAGGUGGUGAUCGCAUCGCCGGAAAAACGAGGAAAAAGCCGCUCUAAUCUCUGGGACAGGAGAAAGAGCGAUGCGUCGCAUGGAGCGCAGGUUCAGGACACGAAUGCCAUAAUGAUGACCAAGUUUCUCGUGGUUGUACUUAAGUCAUACGUUAUUUUAGCGCUUAAGACGGUUAGCCUUAUUAUCGAUUCGCAUUCCAUUAUCAGAGUGUCUUAUUUUAAUUAUUAGUACGUUUAUCAUAGUUACUCUCAAACGGUCCCUGUCACCCCCUCCCUUACUUCCCGGGGCCAGUUCCUCCGUUCCCGCCCUUUGGAGAAAUCAGUUCGUACUUGUCAGAGGAAGAGCUUAGCGAGAGGAUCGGAUGCGACUGGGAAGAUGUCGAGCGCUCGAUCGUAUCGCUUAAUUAAUAGGAAUCGUUUCUUCGAUCGCUAUCGCGUUUAUGAGAUCGAUUAGCCACGAGCGUGUGCCUAGUGACACGAGAAAUGCGCGAACGCUUGUCCUGCCCGUUUCCCUUAUUUCCGUUGUCCGUUUUUCCUUUCGCAAAGGAUGAUAGAGAGCGACCAAACGGGACAUCGCGAGUUUCAACGUUAUCCUUACUUCGUGACCGUGUCUUAUUCCAAGUUCUCUGCAUAGUAUUCCGGCGAAAGUCCGAAUUUCAAGUCGGGAUCUCUGUCGUAGCCUUCAGCUUGGGUCCUGACCGGAGGUCGGACUCGAGGUCGCCUUCCGACUCCCCCGCGGUCCCGAGCCUUGGUUCGGGCUUUGGUCUCAUUAUUGUGAUUACUACAUAGAAUACACGUAAACCUAAAGUAGCGUAGGUUAGGCUUUUUGCAAUUGUGUGUAUGGAGUAGCGAGUGGCCGUGUAUUUCGCGAAUCGAUUAGCGACCGAUCGGAGCUCGAACGAGUGCGCCUAGCAUCGGGGAUGACGAGUCCGAGUACGUUGAGUUUCAGCGAAACCAGGGGAUCGAUUCUGUUUCUUUGGUGGGAGCGGUUAUUUUUCGCUGUCAUCUCACGUGAGUUCAUUUACCUGACUCUGCAUCCCCCGAGCGAAAAUUUUAAAUCCCUAGACCGAAAGAAGUAGUAGACCCGAAAUCUCACGUGAGAUUGGCCGAGUAGUCUCACGCGACAUAUCUCACAUUUUUACCGUAGUGAAAGUUACGGAAUCGACCCCCUGGAAACAGAAGUGCCGAAACAAGUCUCUUUCUUUCUUCCUAUCUUUGUCUCCUUCCUCUUCCUCGAAAAUUUUCAAGUGGCCUUAUAAGAAGACUUCGAAACGGCCUCGAACUUGAACCUUGCGUAGACUCUGGAAAAAAAAAAAAAAAUGAAAGAAGUCGGUAAAAAAGGAAGAACGCGCCCGUUCAAAGAACUCGAAGUCAAGUUUGGAUUAACAGUCCCGAAAAAAGAAGUCCCUUGUCCACCUUCACUCGAAAAGAGAAAUUAAAUCGUUGCCUUUACACCGCCGACUGCGGCGGGACGAAUCGGGCCUUAUACUUGUAUGUCUUGUUAAGAAAAAGAAAAGAAGAGAAAAAAAAAAAAGA